CAGAUGGCCCCGGCGAAAGUCCAGAGCCGCCCACACUCACACACACACCGACACACACACUCACGCACACACCCACACCUACAAACACACCCUCACUCACACACACUACCCAAGAGGACCCUUCUGAAACUGUGGCCUCUGACCUCCUGAGAAAACUAGCAGAGCGGCAGGAAGUGAGCUGUUGGCCAGUGAAGGUCAAGCAGGAGGAGGAAGAGCCGUUGGAAAUUGGUCCCGCCCACAUUUACAAUCAACCAAUCACAGAGCAGAUGUGUCUCUCUACAAUGAACGGGAGUAAUAACAUGCCCAACAUCAAAACAGAAGAGCAAGAACUGUGUGGAGCCACGAGGCCUGACCCCAUGAACCCCAGAUCCAACAUGGCCGAUCAUGUCAUCAAAACUGAAGGCGGAAGGUUCCAUUGUGGAGAAUCGAUGGGGGAGCAGAUUGAAACCGACACACCCCCCGGGGCAAAGAUGGCAGAGCAGUGUCUGAAAGCCGUGUUAUGGCAGGACAUGUCUGUCAACCUGGCCUCCACUCUUCUACACCAGCUUUCAGAGAGGGCCAGCAGGACCAGCCUACAAACGGAGAGGACUGCGCCCUCUACUGGAACCAGUCCUGCAUUGAAACUGAACGUGGAACAAACACCUUCCCCUGCUUCACAACUAGAGUCUGGAAACACACCAGGGAUGGAAAUUUCAGACGGAACCAAGAACUACUUCUACAGGUGUCACGUGUGCGGGUUUGAGACGGAGGGGCGUGGCCUGUUCCAUGGGCACAUGACGGAGCACCGCCAAUGGGAGCGAAGAUCUUUCUCUCUGCAUUGCUGUGUGUGUGACCACUCAGCCAAUCAGGAGACAGACAUGCAGGCGCACACGGACACACACACAGCCGGAGAAACACAUACGCCUGGAGAUGCACACACACCUGGAGAUACACCUGCUAUGGCUGGGGAGAUGAGAUGCCCCUUCAACCCCCCCACCUCCAGCAGUGUUCCAGUUGCCAUGGAGACCCAGCCCCAGAGCGCCGAGCAUCGCUGCCGCAUCUGCCAGAGGUCGUUUCCGGGGCAACAGGAGCUCCUGGUUCACUUCAAGGGUCAUCGUCAAGGCAACCAGUACAGGUGCGACAGGUGCGGUCACCUGACGCGGACAGCCAACAAGCUGGUGGAGCACGUGCGCGUGCACACCGGGGAGCGGCCCUUCACCUGCCACCUGUGCCCCUACAGCGCCAAGCGCCGGGACAGUCUGCGUCUGCACUGCAAGGUCAAGCACGGCGCCCAGGCCGCCGUGCACGCUCCCAGCACCGUGCACACCCACCGCUCCUACGUGCACGGCGGCGGCGACAGCGCGCGGGGCUCCAAACACACGGAGCUCCUGCACAAACACGCCCCGGCCAGCUCCCCUGCUCUGCACCCCUCGCUCACAGACCUCUCCCCGCUCCUCUCCAUCACCACCCUUCUUCUCUAA